AUGCGAGGUCACGGUGAUUCUUCUCGAUCUAGCGAGGGGCGAUACGCGCCGAGCGACUUAGCCGCAGACAUUGAGUCGUUCAUCGUCGAGCUCGAUUUGUACGUGCGCCCGGUCGCGUUCGUGGGCUUUGGUCUUGGUGGUAUCGUCGCCCUUGAGCUCGCGAAGAAGAAUCCACGACUCGUGGCGUCGACAGUGCUCGUUGAGUGCUCGCCACUCGCUCCAGCGGAUGCGUAUUCGUUUUUCCCUCUGCAAGCAGGUGCUUACUUUGAUAUUCUCGACGCCGUGUGCGCGCUUAUGUCGCCGUCGAUCGCCGAUGACAAACAUUCCGAACACAGGAAUCCGCGAUACGCGUGUGUUCGCGCGAUUCAAACGCUCACGAGAGCGUCUCGGCGCGUGAAGGGGCUGACGCUACCGUCCGGAAGCGAGAUUUGGAUGUUCCGCGUCGAUCCCGAAUUCCACUGCGCCUGGGACGCGGAUGACGUGUGGGAAUCCAUCGAGCAAGUUAACUGUCACUUCGCUAUCGUCCAUGGCGAGCACUCCUGUCGAGUACGAGCGUCAGAUUCGAAGAUGAUCGUCAAGGCGGCAGCGCAAGCGAAAUCCUCGCGAGCGUACGUCGUCGCCGCCGCCUCACGACGAGUCGUCGAGGACGCCCCUUCGGACACCUUGGACAUGAUCACUUACGCCCUCAUGCGCGCCGAUGACGACAUGUCCGUCAUGAACAAGCAGGCUCGAACGCCAGAGGCGCUCGGAAUCCGUCCACUCCCGCAGUACGCCACGCUCGAGGACGCCAUCAAGGCGCUCGCGCCCCGGCCCAUCCCGACCGAGGCCCAAAUCGAGGACGCCCUUGCUCGUGCUCGCCUCGACGACGAGUGCGCGAGCGACGAGGACGAAGGAAAAUUCGCCAACCGAACCAAACUCAUUCAGAACGAUCCCGAGUACUUUGGUUUCGUCGGAUGA